AUGGACACCCGGAAUCAGACCACGGAGUUUAUCCUGACAGCCUUCCCGGCCCUCCAGAAGCUGCAGAGAGCCCUCUUCAUGGUCCUCCUGCUGACUUACCUGCUCACGCUCACCGGGAACUUGGUCAUCAUCUCCCUGAUAUGGGCCAACAGUCGCCUGCAAACACCAAUGUAUUUCUUCCUCAGCAACCUGUCCUUCUUGGACAUGUUAUACACCUCCACCGUGACCCCCAAGAUACUGGACUGCCUCCUACAGGGCAGGAGAAGCAUCUCGCUCGCCGGCUGCAUCACCCAGACAUACUUCUUCUUCUUCCUGGGGACGGUGGAGUUUAUCCUCCUGGCUGUGAUGUCCUUUGACUGCUACGUGGCCAUCUGUAACCCCCUGCGCUACACCAUCAUCAUGAACAAGUGUCUCCUGCUGGUUCUGGGCUGCUAGCUGGGCUCUUUCCUAUCCGUGCUGUGCCCCACGAUUAUGGUGUCCAGGCUGCCUUUCUGUUACCAGGAAAUCAGACACUUCUUCUGUGACCUCGCCCCCCUGCUCCAGGCGGCCUGUAUCAACACACAUCUCAUCGAGAUGAUCAGCUUCCUCCUGUCCACCCUGGUCCUCCUGACCUCGCUGUUCUUUACCAUCACAGGAAGUCAUUUGUGCUUUUGUUCUUCUCUUUGUCUUCGGGGAAGUUGGCCCAGAGACACCAAGAUACGAAACCACUCGUAA